AUCUACUUCCGGGGUUUGCACGUUUUUUGUUGACAUAACUGCACCGUCUCUGUUAAAGACAAGAACGAAGAAGAUUUGGCGUUUUACUGUUUGAUAUCUUUGUGUGAUUCAUGUAUAUUUUUCAAGGAGGUCGUGUCGUCUUUUAUUCUAAAUCUCAGAAUCAUGAUGGCUCCAGGGUGUUUGCUGUUGUGCCUGAGAUGCAGAAAUCUUCUUGGCAGCAGGAUUUCCACACAACAUUUGUCCCUUCUCGUACAAAGCUGCGCAGCACCAUUGCCAAGUGGAAACCCAACAGGAACAAGAAGGAUACAGAUGUGCUAUUACAGCUCUGCUAAACAUUUGGAAGUACUGACCUCAGCAACAGAUUUUGUAUCUAAUAAAAGCUGUGUAUUGCAGGGCCCAAAGCAGGCAAUAGAUCUAGAUGAUAAUGUUGAGCUCUCUGCGUUGGAGGAGAUUGAUGAUGAAGAGGCUGUUAGGAUAUCUGUUCCUACAGCUCUGCCUCCAUCAUCCACUUCACUCAAAGACUAUGUUGACAAAUCAGAGACUCUGAGUAAACUCGUGCAGCUAGGUGUCAAUCUUUGGAAGCUUGAACAAAGGCCUAAUGUAGGCUCUAUGCUUUUGAGACUUGAUUAUGAGACUGAUGUUGCAACAAAGCUGCUGUUUCUCAAAGACAUUGGGGUUGAGGACUCAUGUCUUGGCUAUAUUAUCUCACGUAAUCCAUUUAUUCUCACACAGAGUUUAGAAAACUUGAAUACAAGGGUGAACUACCUCAAGUCUAAGAAGUUCAGUCAAGACACAGUAGCAUCAAUGGUGUCAAGAGCACCAUAUCUGCUCAGCUUCAGUGUGAAGAGGCUGGACAACAGGAUGGCUUUCUAUCAGCAGCAGCUCAACCUAAGUGUUGCCAAUACAAGAAAUGUUGUUUCUCGUCUACCCCGAUUAUUGUGUGGUAGUUUGGAGCCUGUGAAGGAAAAUCUGAAGGUAUGCGAAAUAGAGCUUGGCUUUAAAAAGAAUGAGAUUCAGCACAUAGUCCUUGCUGUCCCCAAAGUGCUCACAGCAAAUAAGAAGAAGCUAAUCCAAAUAUUUGAUUUCCUUCACAAUACCAUGAAGGUGCCUCAUCACUUGAUUGUCAAGUUUCCACAGGUUUUGAAUACAAAAUAUUUGCGUGUCAAGGAGCGACAUCUUUUUCUUGAAUAUCUGGAAAAAGCCCAGUAUGAUCCUACACAGCCAAACUACAUUGCCCUCGACAGCCUGAUUUCUUUACCAGAUGAGACCUUCUGUUCUGAACUGGCAUCAGCCAAAUUAGAAGAUUUCUGUUUGUUUCAAAAAACUCUGUAAUAUAACAAAUAUAACCCACUUUAAUGAAUGAAAGGCAGAUGUAUUUGAUCUUAAAAUGAUUAAACACUUGACAAUUUCAAGAUUAUAUACAUCAAUUGUUCACUGUAAAUUGUAAAAUAAACUUGAUUUGACACAAUG